AUGAAGUUGGAAACGAAGAAAACGUUUGUCUCGAGGACAGACAGGGUGAAGGGCAUUGACUUUCACCCGAGCGAGCCGUGGGUGCUGAUCACGCUGUACUCGGGGCGCGCGGAAAUUUGGAACUACGAGACGCAGACGGAGGUGCGGUCGAUUUCGGUGUGCGAGGCGCCGGUGCGGGCGGGAAAGUUCAUACCGCGCAAGAGCUGGAUCAUUGUGGGUAGCGACGACUUCAAGAUCCGCGUUUUCAACUACAAUACGGGCGAGAAGGUGGUGGACUUCGAGGCCCAUCCGGACUACAUCAGGGCGCUGGCGGUGCACCCCACGAGGUCAUACGUGCUGUCUGCGUCGGACGAUCUGACGGUCAAACUGUGGAACUGGGAGAAGAACUGGGCGCUGGAGCAGACGUUUGAGGGCCACGAGCAUUUUGUUAUGUCGGUGACGUUCAACCCGAAGGACCCCAACACAUUUGCGACGGCAUGUCUGGACCACACCGUCAAGAUCUGGUCGCUGGGCCAGGAGACGUCGAACUUCACCCUGCGGGCGCACCUGGAGAAGGGCGUGAACUUUGUAGACUACUAUCCGUUUCAGGACAAGCCGUAUCUGAUCACUUCUUCCGAUGACCGCACGGUGAAGGUGUGGGACUACCAGACAAAGUCCUGCGUGGCGACACUGGAGGGGCACUUGUCGAACGUGUCCUACGCCGUGUACCACCCCAUGCUUCCGAUAAUCAUCUCCGGCUCCGAGGAUGGAACGGUAAAGAUCUGGAACUCCAACACUUAUAAGCUCGAGAGAACUCUAAAUUUGGGCCUCGAAAGAAGUUGGUGUGUGGCUGCCCACCCAACUGGUAAGCGCAAUUUCAUCGCAGCUGGGUUUGAUAAUGGGUUCACCGUCCUUGCGAUUGGCAACGACGAGCCGCGCCUAUCGCUAGAUCCAGUCGGCAAGCUCGUGUGGUGCGGUGGGAAGACCUCCUCUGCUACGGACGUGUUGACCGCAGUCAUCAGAGGUAACGAGGAGGCGGAAGAUGGCGCCGUGCUGUCAUUGCAAUCCAAGGAAUUGGGGACAGUCGAUGUGUUCCCUCAGGCUUUGAAGCACUCUCCUAAUGGUCGGUUUGUAACUGUUGUCGGUGACGGUGAGUUCGUUGUAUAUACAGCGCUUGCCUGGAGGAAUAAGGCAUUUGGAAAAUGUACUGACUUUGUCUGGGGCUUGGAUUCGAAUAGCUAUGCUUUGAUCAACGAACAUGGUGAGGUGCGCUACUAUAAGAACUUCAAGGAGGUAUCGGGGUGGUCCAUCUCACUGGAUUAUAGCGCAGAGAAGAUUUUCCCUGGUAUCCUGCUGGGUGUCAAGACGGACGGCUGUGUGUGCUUCUUUGACUGGGAGAAUGGUACCUUGGUCAGGAAAAUCAGUGUUGAUGCCCACGAUGUCAUUUGGUCGGAGAAUGGUGAACUCUUGAUGAUUGUCAAUUCAAAUAGUGACUCAUAUGAUGAGCCCGGCGCGUACAUGCUGGAAUAUAAUAGCGCUGCCUAUGAACAGGCUAUUGAAAAUGAAACGCUGGAUCCAGAAGAAGAUGCAGACGAUAUGUUUGAAGUUCUACACGAAGUAAAUGAACCUCUAACUUCUGGUAAGUGGGUUGGUGAUGUAUUCAUAUACACCACUUCCAGCAACCGGUUAAAUUACUUUGUUGGCGGUAAGUCAUACAAUUUGGCCCAUUUCGACAAGCAAAUGUACUUAUUGGGUUAUCUUGUCCGGGAUAACAAGGUCUACCUUGCAGAUAGAGAAAUUCAUGUUUAUGGAUACAAAAUAUCAAUCGAAGUGUUAGAAUUCCAAACUCUGGUCCUCAGAGGCGAGCUGGAUAUGGCCAAAAAUAGCGUGCUUCCAAAUGUGCAGGGAAAUACCAAUUUGUUGAGAAUAUCUAGAUUUCUAGAAGGCCAAGGGUUAUUGGAAGACGCUCUAGAGGUAUCCCCUGACCCAGAACAGCAGUUUGACCUAGCUUUGAAGUUAGGGAAGCUAGCUCUUGCUCGUGAUCUGGUUAAAGACGGUAGCGAACAUAAGUGGCGCACCCUUGGAGAUGCGGCCCUGGAAAAGUUCAACUUUAAACUGGCAACUGAAUUCUACAAGAACGCCAAUGAUUUGGACUCCUUAUUCUUGAUCUAUUCUUCAUUCAGCAAUCAACAAGAGCUGGUGAAACUUGGGCAAGAAGCUGAGCAAAGCGGUAAAUACAACUUGGCAUUCAAUGCAUACUGGAUUGCAGGAGAUAUCAACAAGGCCAGGGACGUGCUUUCGAAGAGCGGACGCCAUUCCGAGGCUGUGCUUCUGGCAUCCACAUACACCUCAGACAAUGACGCCAUCAACGCUGCUGUAGAAAAAUGGAAGGAACAACUGAACUCAGCUGGAAGAGUAUCUAUCGCAGAAAGAAUUAUACUUUCCGGAGAAGACGACUUCCCUGCAGCUCCCCAGACUUUGGUCGAAAUGGAUGACGGAUCAGAGUCCGCGUCUAAAUAA